AUAAGUCCACUCAAGAAACUCCUAUUAUGGGGGACAAGCAUACAUCAACUUGAGUCAGUCAAUGGUUUCUUGGUCUAAAAAUACACCUUCCUCAACUGGAAACUUGCGGCUGUUUCCAUUAUAAAACUCCUUCAAGAGCAGAACCACAAAGCAUAAAUCACAAACCAAGCAAAUCACAACGAGCUCUCAAAAAUUGGAGCUUCAUCUUUUACAUCGUAAAGUUCUUUCUUUUUUCGGUUCAGUCUUUAAAGCCUAAUGGGGGUGUUGGGAACUGCUAGGACCAACACGGUCAUGGGAAGAAAAGUACUGUCAACUCUGUUCUUCCCAUCCUCGAAAUCGCUCCUUCCUUCUUCUUCCUCGAUUCCUAGUGGUUCUGCUCCUCCCACCCCGGUCCAUCAUGCAUUCUCCCAUUCAAUGAUGGAAGAAACCAUUGAAACUGCAGAAUCAAUCAUCACCAAAUGGGACACUAAUUCUUCAACAUACACCAAAGUCACCUCUAUCUUUCAGCAUAACAGAAAAGAAGCAAAGCAGUUUCUAAAAAGUGUCAAAGAUUUGAGAAGAGCUAUGCAUUUUUUCGUCUCAGAAGAUUCAACUUCUGACAAACUUGUACUUGCUCAGAACCUCAUGCAAACGGCCAUGAAAAGGCUUGAAAAUGAGUUUUACCUCAUAUUAUCUUCAAACCGUGAUAAGCUUGAUCCAGAAUCAGUGUCAAGCCGAUCAUCAGAUGGGUCGAGCAAUUCUGAUGAUGAACACGAGAUGGUAUCUGAAGAUGAGGCUGACAUGAAAAAAGCUGGUGAGUCAAUAACUGAGGUAGAAAAGGACUCAAUUCUCGUGAUGUCAGACCUGAAGGCAGUAGCUGAGUGUAUGAUCAGUUGUGGUUACGGGAAAGAGUGUAUAAGGAUUUACAAGUUAAUCAGAAAGUCAAUCAUAGAUGAAGGACUGUACCUGCUUGGAAUGGAGAGAAUUAAGAAUUCCCAUAUUCAGAAAAUGGAUGGGGAAGCACUGGAGCAUGUAACCAAGAAGUGGCUGAAUGCAAUAAAGAUUGCAGUGAAAACACUCCUCAAUGGAGAAAAAAUGCUCUGUGAUUAUGUGUUUUCAGCUUCUAAAACAAUUAGAGAGUCUUGCUUUUACGAGAUCAGCAAAGAAAAAACAAUUACACUAUUCAGGUUUCCAGAAAUUAUUUCGAAGAAGAAGAAAUUGCCAGGACGAAUUUUCCGGCUAAUGGAACUCCAUCAAGCAAUCUCUGAGCUCUGGCAGGAUAUAGAGUUAAUAUUCAACUCUGAAUUGACCUCAGUUAUUAAGUUGCAGGCCCUUUCAUCACUACAUAAACUUGCUGACACUGUCUGCAGCCUUUUAUUGAAUUUCGAAUCAACAAUCCAGAGGGAUUCAUCAAAAACCAUACCUCCUGGUGGUGGAAUUCACCUACUGGCCCGAUCAGCAAUGAGUUACAUAUGUUCUCUCGCAGAACACAGUGGAAUUCUAUCUGAUAUUCUAGCUGAUCAUCCACUUCCAAGAAAUUCACCAGUCCCAGAAUCUUGUUUUGAGAAUCCAGCAUCUGAAGACGGUUUAACUCCAGCAGCAUCGACUCACCUUGCUUGGCUCAUACUAGCUCUUUUAUGCAAGCUCGACAGAAAAGCUGAGUUAUACAAUGAUAUAUCUAUGUCCUACCUUUUCCUAGCUAACAAUCUUCUCUUCAUAGUCAAUGAAGUUCAGACAACUCAUUUACACAACGUCCUUGGAGAUGAAUGGGUAGCAAGGCAUAUAAAGAAAGUUAAACUAUAUGCAUCAAGCUACGAAGCAACAGCAUGGACUAAAGUCCUCUCAUCCUUGCCAGAGAAAGGUUCCACAAUGGUAUCGCCUGAAGUGGCAAAGGAGCACUUUAGACAGUUUAAUGCGGCAUUUGAAGCAGCAUAUAUGAAACAGAUCUCAUGGAUUGUACCAGAUAGAAAAUUAAGGGAUGAACUUAAGCUGUCAAUAGAAAAGAAACUUGUACCAGCGUACAGAGAAUUCUAUGGUAAGUACUUGGGGGUGUUGAAUGGUGAGAAAAAUCUGGCGAUGUUGGUGAGGUUUGGACCUGAUGAUCUUGAAAAUUACUUGUCAGACCUGUUCCACGGUACUCAUAUCUUAGAUGGUUUUUCUUCAACUUCUUCAUCAUGUCAUUCUCGGGUAUGCAUACCUCCAUAAAUGAUGCAGCUCAUGUUCACAGCAAAUCGUGAUAAUUGAAGUGUUUGGUAUACAGAAUGUAUCCAAAGCAGAUGCAGUUUUCUCCUUUUUUUUCUUCUUCUUUUUGUAGUCAACUUUUAGAUUUCCCAUAGAUGAUCAAACAGUUGAGCAGAAAGAAGUGAUGCCAGCGUUGUA